UUACGGAUGUAAACAGAGCCGCGUCCUCUCUCCGCUGUAAAACAAGUGGGACGUGACAGAAAGAGUUUGAGAACCACUGCAUUAAAGUGACCAGCCCAGGAAGAAGAGAUGAGGGUUUCCACCACUCAGCUGCAGCAGCUCACCAUCUUCACCACCGUGCUGACCGGGGCCGGGAUCGGCACCAUGUACUAUCUGCUGCAGAAGAAAUUUGUUGAGUCGGACUACCACCGACUGGCUCUUCAGAAGUUGGAAGCAUGUCCAGUCGCCAUGGAAAGCCUGGGGGCUCCACCUUUAAAAGUCCACAACAUCCAUCUGACUGACAGAAACAACCGCAUAGAUCAACACACUGCACAGAUAAAGAUCCCUGUGACUGGUUCACAAACUGGAGGUUAUCUGUAUACUUCUUCAAUUCAAGACCCUGACACGAACAGGUGAGUACAUUCUGUUCUAUUCGGAGUUCAAUGAAAAUCACAAUUAAAGGUCAUGCAAAAUUCACUUUUUCAUGGCUUUUAAACAUAAAUAUGUGUCUACAGACCCCCAGAGUGUCAUAAAGAACACCCUAAAAGGAGCUGAUCAAAAUAUGGUCCUGUUUCUAUGUAAAAAGAGGUCCCAAAGCAUUGAUGUGUUUCCUGGUGGUUCUGUAGAACAGUCAGUAAUAAAUGCUGACUGUGAGCACAUAACACAUUUAUCUUUGAGUCAAACUUUAUUUGAGUACAAUAUGAAUUAUACUAUAGACCAGGGGUAUUCAAUUAAAAUUUCAAAAGGUCCAGAUUGAGAAAAUG